UGUACCAACGGUCGAACACACGUCAUCAACAUUUUUUAGUAUAUAUUUACUAUUAUUUUGAGUUUUAUGAUAAUAGACUUAUAAAUAGUUCAAUUAAAAUAAUGUUAUUGUAUUGAAUAAUUGUAAAUUAUUUUGAAAAGGUGUACAAGACACCUAGACUGAUGCACACAAACGAAAUGUUUAGUCGAGAGAUAUGGAAGCUUUCUUAACCUAACUUUCACAUUUGACCUGCUGGCUAAAAGACAAAAUCAUGAUGUCAAAUGGAGUAAUGAGUUCAAAUAAAGACACAGGAAAUACAAAGACUUGUACAAGCAACAUAAAUGGUGCUUCCUUAUCAUCAUCAACGCUUAAUUCACCUUUGAUGAAAUUCUCCUCGUAUUUCUUAGCAGUGAGACCGUGGUCACUGAGCGCAUCGUUGAUGCCAACGUUUCUGGGCUCUGCGUUGGCUUACCGACUAACUGGUUGGGAUAGUUUCAGUUUUAUUUUAUUUGUAUUGACCUUGGGCACAAUAAUAUCAGUUCAUGGAGCUGGAAAUGUUGUUAACACUUAUUUUGAUUACAUAAAGGGUGUUGACAGCAGUGGUAAAAGCGACGACAGGAUAUUAGUUGAUCAUUUGUUGUCUAAAGAUGAGUUAGUAUCAUUAGGAACAUUUUUAUACGCAGUAGGAUGUCUUGGUUUUGUAUUAUUGGCAAUGAUAUCGCCAGCUAAAAUGGAACAUCUGGCAUUGGUGUUCUUUGGCGGGUUAUCAUCCUCAUUUCUUUAUACUGGAGGUAUUGGCUUGAAGUAUAUAGCACUGGGUGAUGUUAUAAUACUUGUAAUAUUCGGUCCUAUAUCCGUUUUAUUUGCUUUUAUGGCACAAACUGGUUUUAUUCAAUGGGGAACUUUUUAUUAUGCGAUACCACUAGCUUUGAAUACCGAAGCUAUUUUACACAGCAAUAAUACACGAGAUUUAGAAAGCGAUAGACGAGCAGGAAUUGUUACUCUUGCGAUACUUAUUGGACAUACAGCCUCACAUAUUUUAUAUCAAUUUUUACUGUUCGCACCUUACAUAACACUUGCUGUAUGGGCAUUCCGAUAUUCAUUGUGGUUUCUUUUGCCAAUAAUAACGCUACCAAAAGCCUUCAAAAUAGAGAAACAAUUUCGCAGCCAACAUACAAUACAAAGUGUGCCUAAACAAACGGCGAGAUUAAAUAGUAAUCUUGGUAUUUUGUAUGUCGUGGCUUGUCUUCUUGUGAAGCCUCUUCCAUAUUUAUAAUUUAAACACACAUCAAUAUCAAUUGUAAUUAACAUUAUUUUUAUUUUAAUGAAAUUUUUUAAUGGGUAGCUACUGUGAAAGUAAAAGAGAUCUUAUAAUAAUAAAUAAAAAUAAAUAAAUACUGGAUAAAUUUAAAUUACUCGGCAAAUCUGAUGCCAAUGUGAUGCAUAAUAUCCUAAGUCGUAUACUCUACUUCUGAUGCUUUUGCGAUAACUUUUUUACAUGACUCAAUCGCCCGCAUUAUUAAUUAAAUACAUAAAAAAAUUAUUUAUAAUAAUAUUAAUAAUUUUCAUUGUCAUACGAUAUUAUGUAAUAGGAAAUUCAUACUCAUAACGGAGUGAAGAAUAGAAAAAAAGAUUGUAGAGGUAACACAUUUAGGAUUAUAUAUGUAAUCAAAUUAUCAGUUAUUUUAUUUCAUCGUUUUAUUAUUUAUUUAUGUGUAUCAUUUUAUUUAAUAAGUAUCAAUAAUGAAUAUAUUUAAUGUUUAAUUAAUAAAACCAUGGCAAUGGAUCAUACAAGAUUUAUUAAUUCUUAAGCUAAUUACAAAGAUUAGGUGAUAAUAUAUUAUUAUUACUAUUGGUGAAAGGCAGUCAAUGAACAUAUGUGGGUUCGUACUUAUUUAUUAUAUAAUAAUACUAUUAGGUUGUACUUAAUUUUUUACAUCGAUUGAGGUAAACCUAAUAGUGUUUUAUGUAAAAUGUAAUGACAAAUUUUAUAAAUUUUAUUUUAAUAAAAUAAUAACAUU